UUAAUGUUGAAUAAUUUCGUAUGUUAUAUCCCCGCCGAUUCUGAGCAGUAAGCAGCAUUUCUUACAUAGGAAUAACCUUUGUUUAGACAUCUCACUUACAUACUCACGCCGAACCGACGCUACGCCAUUACACCAUGCGUAGUAGCGGACUUGUAUUUCUGCUGCGCCGAUACGUGUUGCGCACGUCGAUUGGCUGCGCAGCCGAAUGGUGCAGCGUAUUGAACCCCAACAGCAGGUCUUUUUCAUUUGAGAUUUUUCCACGCACAUGUUAUGUUCGAUACGGAGAAAUUUAUAAAAGAAGUACAAUCUCGAGAAUGUAUUUGGAAUGCAAAUAUAGAUGAAUAUAAUGAUCGAGAACUACGUCGCAAGGCAUGGGAAGAUAUAGGAUCCAUCAUGUAUGAAGGUUGGGAAGGAUUUGGAGAGAAUAAGAAAAACCACAAGAUGGAAGAACUUCGGAACAAAUGGAAACAUCUGAGAGAUUAUUUUGUACGAGAAAAAAAUAAAACAGACAAUCUUAAAUAUAAGGUUGAAGUUGGUGAAGUGAAAAAGCGUAAGACACCAUUUUUGGACAUGUUAAGUUUUUUAGAAAUUUUAAGAGGUACCAAAAGAAGAACCUCAAAUAUCCAAGCAAGGGCCACCUCGCCGGAGAGCAACAAUUCCAUCAUAAUAGAAGAAAACAAUAAUUAUUCUGUUUUGAAUGUAGAAAGAUCAUUAAACACUAAUGCCAAAUCAAAUGAAAAUGAUUCAACACCUUUUCAAGAAUGUUUUUUAAAGUAUAUGAAUAUACUAGAACAGAAUAACAAGGACCCUCACUUGAAUUUCCUUCUCUCUAUAUUACCAGAAAUGCGAACAAUGAACGAAAGGCAACUUUUUGAAUUUAAAUUUGAAAUUAUGAAAUUAAUUAAGACAAUUAAUUACAGUUAAUUACCUUUCUAAAAGAACUAAAUAAUUAUUACUAGUUAUUUUUACUCUCUAAAAAAAACUAA